CAGUGUGCCUAUUGGUCAGGACUGACAGGACAGCAGAUUUACUGACAAUGAUAGGACAGCUACGGCAUUGGAGAUACAUUACUUCCACGACCUCGUAUAAAAAGUGAAAUAACAGUGAUUUAUUCUACUUUAUCUCUUCAUUAUCAAGCUUUGUCAUUCUUCACAUUCGAUGAGGUGGAACUGAUAGCAUGCAGCCGAGGGACAGGACAUUGUAAAUAGCAACAGUGCGCUCAGGACAGGAGGUUCAAAAGAUUGAGGACCGAAACAAUCUGAACAACAAAACCAACAGUCAUGGCUGCAGAGAAUAACUUCCCUCCAAUACCGGGGUUCAUCCCCCUGCAGCCGUGUUUCUACCAGGACUUUGAUGAGGAGAUCCCUGAACAGCAUCGCACCAUGUGCAAGAGACUCUACCACCUGUGGAUCUUGCAUGCAAUCACCUUGGCUGUGAAUCUGGUGGGCUGCUUUGUGUGGAUGCUGGGUGGAGGGGGCGUGACAAAUUUUGGCAUGGCCAUCAUAUGGUUGAUUCUCUUCACCCCCUGCUCCUAUGUGUGUUGGUUCAGGCCCAUCUACAAGGCCUUCAAGACUGACAGCUCGUUCAACUUCAUGGCGUUCUUCUUUGUGUUCAUGGCCCAGGUGGGCAUCAGUAUUAUCCAGUGCAUAGGGAUCCCAGGCUGGGGAAACUGCGGCUGGCUGGCCACCAUCUCUUUCUUCAGCUACAACCUUUGGAUCGCCUUGCUGAUGCUCAUCCCCACCCUCUUUUUCACUGCCACGGCAACGCUGUCCUUCAUCGCCCUCACCAAGGUCCAUAACUUCUACCGUGGCAGCGGGGGCAGCAUAGGCAAGGCUCAGGAGGAGUGGACUACAGGGGCCUGGAAGAACCCCCACGUCCAGCAGGCAGCGCAGCAGGCAGCUAUGGGAGCCGCCACGGGGGCCAUGAUGCCGGAUCAGCAGUACUCCAGCAACACCCCACAGUACAAUGACAACCAGAUGUAGGGGAUAAAGUGGAGGGAGGGAAGCAUGUCAAAGUAUGAGCAGGAGUUUGUUAUCUGUUUAUCCCAUCCCCCAAAAAAUGUGUCUUCAUCACAGCAGCUCUUUCAAUAGGCAAUGGGUCUUCAACCCUUUCUUUGCCCAGGGACCCUCUCCCAGGCAAACCGGCAACCCGGCAAUCAUACCCUAGCCAUUAUUUUCUUCCCAUAUGUCUUGUCUUAGCAUCAAGUGAAUGAUAUGUUUGCAAAAAUGUAUGUCCAAGUCAAGAAAGUUUACCAGCAGCCAGAGGCACUUGACGCACUGGUAGCCUACAGUAUGCCAGAUACUUCAGUGUCAGCUGGUAAUUGGCUCCAGUGAGUGUAAUUUGCUCAAUAUUUGGAGUUAAGAAAUAAUGUUGACAUCAUUAGAAAGAAGACAUUCUCCUAUUUCUACUGUAAUAAUUUAUUAUGUUGUUGCUAGUGAUAUAACCCUGCUAUAGGGCACUACACUACACUAUCACACUAUUCCAGCUGACUCUGAACACCCAUAACGUAUAGACAUUUCAUGUUCCCAGCAACAACACUGAAUUACAGUAUGUGGUUUCUACUGUGUGAUGUCAUAUUCUUGCUUCUGCUGCUGUGUUUUGACGUGUCACAUCAAAGACGUGUCCCUAUCUUAUGUCACUGUGUUAGCAGGGCCCUGUGGCCACAUGCACACAGCACCAACUCUGCUUGUCAGAGCUCAUUCUGAUCACCCACUAUCCUCUCCUCAAUGCUCUU